AUGUUUAAAAGAGCAUUAUUUAAUACUAGGCUUAGUUCUAGACUAAAUCUUCAACAAACAAGAUUCAUAAGUCAAGAAAUAAAAGAAGCAAUAAGUACAGCAAUAAAUACAACACCAGUAGUAUUAUUUAUGAAAGGAACACCAGAAUUCCCCCAAUGUGGAUUUUCAAAAGCAACAAUUCAAACAUUAGGUCAACAAGGAGUUGAUCCACAAAAAUUUGCUGCUUAUAAUGUAUUAGAAGAUCCUGAAUUAAGAGAUGGUAUAAAAGAAUUUAGUUCUUGGCCUACUAUACCUCAAUUAUAUGUUAAUGGAGAAUUUGUUGGUGGUUGUGAUAUUAUUUUAAGUAUGGCUCAAAAUGGUGAAUUAAGUGAAUUUUUAGAAAAAGAAGGUGCUUUAAUUCCUGAAAAUGAUGAAGUAAUUGAUGUUAAAGUUGCUGAUGUUAAACCAAAUAGAGAUUAA